AUGGCAGCUCCGUCUAUCUCCCCAGCGCCAGAGCAGAUCCAAGUGCUUCUCAAUGGGCCAGCUGCACCACCGCCCGCUGGGGUUUCGCCCAAUUUUGAUAACCCAGCAAAUUUACAUUCAGUUAUCAUUCCCAUCUUGAGUCUCUGUCUGCUGCUUGCCACUCUGGCUGUUCUCGCUCGCGCGUACACCAAGUUGCUCAUUAUGCGGUCUAUAGCAUAUGAGGACUAUUUGAUUGUGGUUGCUUGGGUGGGCUUACUUGGGUUUACUGCGCCUUCAGUGUGCGAUUUCACACUCGGUGAAGGAAUCCACAUGUGGGACAUCAAGCUGAAGGACUUCUUUAUAUUACUCUAUUGGUUCAACGUUACAGCCAUUCUUUAUGGUGUGAUCGUCUGCUUGAUAAAGGUUUCCAUCUUGCUACAAUUUCUAAGAAUCUUCGUCCCAAUCCGAAAAGAGAAUAUGCUACUGUUCGUGGCCAUUCAUUUCCUGAUCUGGACUAUUGUAUUGUUUUAUUCCAUCGGUACUGGUUUCGACAUAUUCCUAUGCAGCCCACGUGAAAAGAUUUGGAAUCCAUUGAUGACCACCGGUCGCUGUUUUGACACCACUAUUUUGUAUCAAGCCAGCGGCUUGUUCAAUAUCAUAUCCGACUUCUUAAUUCUACUUCUUCCCAUGGCACCUAUAUGGAAAUUGAAGAUGCCGUUAAAAAAGAAGAUCUUGAUGAUAGCCAUCUUUGCAACAGGGCUCUUCGCUUGUCUAACAUCGAUUCUGCGUACAUAUUAUACCUCCAAAAUCGUAUCAUCGCCAGAUAUCACCUACAACGUGAUUAUCAUGGGUCUCUGGACAUGGGCUGAAAUAACAACCGGCAUAAUUGUCAGCUGCCUGCCGGUCAUUCCAAGAUUCUUCCAACAUGUUGGUCCUAAAGUCUCUCAGACUCUCCUCUCAUCUAAGUCUAGCUUGGAGACUAAGCCAGUGCUAAAGCCAGGAGCAACUGAUACCAAAAAGCAGAUAGAAAUCUCAGUCCUUGGCAACCGAUGGUCGAAUGAGUACAAUAGUGAGAACACCAGCUUGGAGAUUUGGAAUGGUUCCAAAAGCCCACCCGGUCACCAGCGGAGGGACUACAUCGUGCUGGACGAGCAUGAUAUAGCACGUUCACAGAACGACCCAAUUGAUCAGCUACAUCAAGCGCUAGCCCUUAUAGGCGCUCCGAGGCGAGGUGAUCUGGAAACUGGUCACUACGCAGCUCAAGACCGUGAGGGCCAGUAA